AUGACGAUGACGAUUUUCGUGGCAAUAACGUUGCGUAACGUGGCACAAGAAGACGCGGACUUUAGAAGAAACUGCAGCACGACGGCGGUCUCGGUACCCUAUUCGGGAACUUUCUCGCCAACCGGCGGGAGUUACAUAUCAAAUGGUGCGGGUUCAUCCUUUACUAAUCUCACACCGUCAACGAUACAGGGAAACCAGCAUCAUUUAGGAAUCAAAAAUUUGGCAGCCAAGACUGCAAUGUUAAAUCAUCACCAUAACAAUAACAACAAUAAUAAUAAUAAUAACAAUAGAAAAAAUCACAAAUCCGUUGACAAAGCGAGCGACGAGUAUAGGAGACGAAGGGAAAGGAAUAACAUAGCGGUGAGAAAGAGUCGAGAAAAGGCCAAGUUGAGAUCUAGGGAAACGGAAGAAAAGGUCAAGUUACUCGUGAAGGAAAAUGAAAGGCUUCAAAAAAGGAUAGAGUUGCUGAUAGAGGAAUUGAACGUUUUGAGGAGUCUUUUCACGAACGUCGGAGUCCUUCCGGAACAAUUGCACAGAGAGCUGAACAAACAUUCGGACAUGUUUCAACAACAGCACAUGUAA